AUUUAUUUAAAAAAAUAUCUUUUUAUUUUUCAGAAUACAAAAAAUAUCAUGGAACGAGAUGUGGUGUUUCCACAUUCGGCAACGUUAUUUGCAGCGAUAUGUGCGUGUAUCUUUGUCGUGAUUGGAGUUCUUGGCAACCUGAUAACAAUACUAGCAUUACUGAAAUGCCCCAAAAUGCGAGGUCAUGCAACGACAGCCUUUGUCCUUUCACUUUGCAUAUCGGAUUUACUCUUUUGUUCCUUUAGUUUGCCACUAACCGCUGUGCGGUAUUUUCAAGAGGCAUGGACACUUGGCGACACACUUUGUAAGAUAUUUCCGGUGAUAUUUUAUGGCAAUGUUGCAGUAUCGUUACUGAGUAUGGUUGGAAUCACAUUAAAUCGAUACAUCCUAAUAGCAUGCCACAGAUUAUAUUCUCAAAUCUACAGACCAACAUUUAUAGUUUUACAACUACUGUUUGUUUGGGCAUUUUCUUUUCUCAUGCUGCUGCCACCAUUGCUGGGAAUAUGGGGUGAAAUGGGUCUUGACGAAGCCACAUUCUCCUGCACAAUUUUAAAGAAAAAUGGAAAAUCCAUAAAGAAAACGCUUUUCCUGUUUGGAAUUUUACUUCCAUGUAUUAUCAUCACUGUCUCUUAUUUAUGCAUUUAUUUCAAAGUUCGCAAACAGAAACAAAAAAUGAAAGCUCAUAGAUCAUUCCAAAAGCCAUCAAAAGAAUCAAUAUCAACGGCACGUAAAAGUCGCGAUGACAAUAGACUGUCUGUGAUGAUGGUGACGAUAUUCGUCUGCUUUUUAGCAUGUUUCUUGCCACUCAUGCUGGCCAAUGUCAUCGAUGAACAUAAUAAAUCUUAUCCAUGGCUGCAUAUAAUUGCCUCAGUAAUGGCUUGGGCUUCCAGUGUAAUAAAUCCAUUUAUAUAUGCAGCGAGCAAUAGAAAUUACAGAGUUGCUUAUUUCAAAGUGUUUGCUUUGCUUAAAUUCUGGGGUGAGCCAUUAUCGCCGAUGCCAAGUAAAUCCUAUCAACCAAGUAAAAUAUCUCGAGAUGCAUCUGGCGGUAUGCGAAGCACGCCACUAUUCCAUGAAGUUCAAACGAACAACAGUGAUAAUAACCAAUUAUGCCAACCGAACUCAAUAUGAGUUGUACAAAGUAUAUAAAUAUAAUGUACCUUCCUUUAUCUUACACAUACAUAAUGUAUAAUCGUAUAUCUAAAAAAGAAAUUAAGCUUUUACUACUAUUGUAAUAGUAGAUAAUCUAUAUUAUACAAGUCAUAGCUCUCGAAUAUUAUUAUUUCGAAAAUAAUGGUUAAGAAUGCGUAUGAGUGCCAUUCAGUUGUUGUGUUAUCAAAGAAUUACAUUAAUAUAAAAAUUUUCUUCCAAAGAAAAGCAAAAAAGAUAAAACGAAAGAACCGUUGAACAAAAAAACAAGCCAAAUUAGCAUUUAAGUCAGAUGAAGCCUUUUUAUUAAGAAUAUUAUUAGAAUUAAGUUGAAUUCCUUUAUGUAAAAGACAAAAUAAAUUAAAUUAUUUUUAUUAUAAGACACAAA